GGGAAGAAAGUGUGUUGCUUAGAAGGGUCUGCUCUGUUAGAGGCCCAGACUUUUGUAUUUCCUGUUGUAAAAGUAAAUAUAGUAAAAUAAAGGAUAUAUAUUUGUCUCUCUUAAAUCAAUCAUAAUUAUAAAUUUGUGAAUCAGUGUUAGUGAAAUAUUAUGUGGAGCGAGUGAGGUCGUGCGAGGUGACCCAGGCAGGAUGAGGCACAAGGAUCAGCGCGGAGAUCGUGGCCCCGCAGGAGCGCCGCCUUCGCCGACGUCAGUGAGCAAGGUGCGAAAGGCAUCCUACUACGUGUGGUUCCUGGGGGCUGAGGAAUGCCGCGGCCUACGGGGCUCGGAGUGCGUUCGACCCGUUGUGCACUACCUGGUUGGGCGUGAGAGAGAGCACGAGCCAGACAAGGUGACGCUGCAAGUGUCUGGGAGGGGCAUCAAACUCCUCCAGGUAGGGACACAAGGGCGCCAUGGAGCCCCUACGAAGCACUUUAUCCCAGCCUCGGCAGUCACAUAUGUUCAACAGGAGCAACGGCCGGAGGAUGAUAUUGUGUCUGCCAUUCUGCUUAUUUACAACCCGCUGACCCGCUGUCCCGUCCACGUCCACACCUACCGCUGCGAUUCCACGGAGACAGCCAGUCUCUUGCGGGAGCAUUUGCUGCAGCUGGUUGAGCGGCCCGAGCAGCAGGCCAAGUUGGCGGCCUUAGAGUCACGUCUGGCUGCCCGUGGGCUGCUUCCAACGUCCACAUCCAACCGUGCAUCCGAUGGCGCCUCAACAGGCUCAUCGACGUCAUCAGGGGCGGGCGGCAGUAGUUCGGGACGCUCCCCUGGGGGAGGCCCUGCUGGUCCAGGCCCCAACAUGGCCUCGCUAUAUGACUCCCUGGCAGCCGAGCUGAGGGAGAAGCUCGGCUCUCGGGGCGCCCCGCUCCUGCUGCCCCCUAGGGACUACGAUACUAUCAACAGGUCACGAGGGCGUCUCGCCGACUCACGGCGCACCGGUCCAGCAGCGGCUCGCAAGUCGCACGAGGAUGACUCAGCCAGGUCGUCAGGCAUCGGCAGCGACGAUGCUCCGUCCCCGACCCACGAGCGAGACCUGGACCCCAUCGAUAACCAGUCGUCAUCAGGUGUGCACUCAAACCCGCUCCCUCCUCUCCCCAGCCCCGCCUCUCCCACCAUCUCCAUUCCCCAAGAUGAGGAGUGGGAGGCCCACGGCAGCAUGGAGGUGCGAGGCGAGGCCAGCCUUAUCCUCGUACAGCCUUCGUGGCGUGGGCGGGAGUCCUCUGGCCAGGUUCUCGGUCCCCGGCCAGUGGCCCGAAGCGGCCCGGCCCAAGCCUUCGCCGCCCGCAGCCAGUCCCCCAUCCGCGGCCGGCCUCGUGCUGCCAAUCACUCCCCCGUGCGAGGCCGCCACCCCUCCCCAUCGCGGCCCCCCCGCGACGCGUCUCCCAUCCGCCCCGUCCACCAGAGGAAAGCCCCGCCCUAUCGCCAGAUGCAGCACGCCAGAGAACGGAGCGAGUCACCAGUCUCUCCUCGUGAGAGGUUUCAGGAUGCACGAGAGAAGUUCCGUUCCCUAGAGAGAGAGUGGCAGCGCCCAGAUCGUCAGGACCUCAGCACUCGUUCCCAUCCGCAUGCGGAUAUUACCCGGACACCUUCCUGGGAGCCCAGUCCGAAGCCUCAAGGCGGCGCCAGGGACUUCCGCAGCCCUGUGGAGCAACUGCAAGCUGGCCGUGACGAGGGGCUGUGGCCCAAGAGCGAUCGUGACACCGGCUAUGGGUCCCGGGAUGGCCUUCUGCGGGAACGUCCGCGCGGCCGUGACUGCGACCGAGGGUACGGGACAUGUGACACCCGAGACUCUGACCCGUGGCGACGCGAGGUCGGACGCCGCACUCCUGACCUGUGGCAAAAGGAGCCCCGGGCAUCGAGUCCAUCGCGCGUGGGACGCGGCCGCAGCCCCAGCAGAGAGUACCGAGUACCGCGCGUGAGAUCGCCGGAGCGCCCAGACUACCAGCGAGCAAAAUCCAUGCACGAUCUCAGCCAGCGUCGCUUGGCACACGAAGAAGACCGUCGAGCGCUGAAUGAUCCCCGAAGGAGGUCAAUGUACGACGCUGCCGAGGACUCCCGACCCCUGAAGGAAUCCAGGUCAGGACGCCGGUAUCGCUCACACGCCAGUAUCCGCCGACGUAGUUCUUCAUGCAGCUCGGAAUCGUGUCAUUCAGUUGACAGUUACAACGAGAUCCCUGACGCACGCAGAUUUCCUGGUCUCGACCGUGCUACCGCUAGACCGGAUCCCCUAGACCAGCCCCGCCUCAUGGCCCAAGCCAAGCGCACCUUUGACUACCCUGUUAACGGCGGUACAGCAGCCGUCCACAUCAGCCGCGCCCAUCACGAUGACUAUCGCCGCUUCCGGUACGACCACACAACCACUCCACAGUUCAUUCGCUCAACAUCAGUUCCUUCCACUCAGUACUAGACUUUGCACCAAGGCAUCGUGAACAAUUUGGCUGGAUUCCUAAUAAUCGCUUACGUAUUCAGGUUCUCUUAUUUCCUUCCAUUUACAUGCUUUCCGCUUGCGUAUUCCGAAAUUUAGCUGCCUGGUUCGAAACAGUUGCUAACAAGUGCAAUGGGAAAAUACUUUGACUGUGUCUGUUUAUUUGCAAUGGUCGUAUAAAAUAAAUGGUAUGUCGAAUAAUACUGGACAGUCAAACAUGACAAUCGGAGUGGUUCCUUUCUGAAUAAUUAGCUGUUAAUAAACUUAAUAUGUUCUUUAUAUCCAGUAUAUUUACUAAAAAUAUCAAAGUGUAGCUGUGAAUUAUAUAUGUAAGGUAUGAACUGAAUAAAUUACUGGUCUCUAUUGUGUAGCUUAUGGAUACUCUCGAAUGUAAAUAUUUUGCACUGAUUGAUUUGGGACCAUGAUACUACGUAUCUGUUUUAUUGAUAUGUUUGAAUUGAAUGUUUUUUGUAAUUUUUUUGUGAUUUUGGCAAUGUGUAUCUAAAACACAUGUUUGCCUGCCAUAAAUAUUUUAAAUCUUCCAUACCUGGAAGCCCUCUGCUUUGAUUCUAUAAGCAGACAUUGUAAAUAUUAUUGGAUGCAAGUGUUUGCUUUACAAGUGUGUUUUCAUUAGUACUGCGGAUGUCUCCCUUCCCUUCUAUAAGGCAGCUGCUUUGUUAAAUCUGUACUGUUAAUUUUCGUUAAAUUGCCCAGCUCUAAAGGCAAGCUUUUUCAUAACUUUGGUAUGAUUUUAUCCAUGUAGUGGACGCAAUGAACUUUUUUUCAAAGCAGUUGAAAUCUAAUCUACUUUAUAGAAUAUUUUCCAACACAAUAUAAAUUGAGCACUUAUUAUGAUUAUUGUUGAAGGGUAGUUUCUCUUCAUUUUGUAUAUAUAAUGUACAAAUGUGAACAUGUUUGUAAAUUUACCUCAGUGCUCUCAAAGUAAAGGAAAACUUUAUGAGUUAGUAUCUUUAAUAAAGAUUUUAAGGGAGA